AUGGCCGACCUUGGAGGCCAUCAAGGCCGGAACUACCGGCCUUACGGGCAUCCUUCAUCUUUCCAACGAGAUGCUGCAUUUUCUGAGAUAUUUGGUGGGGCACCACCACCUGGCCGCUCUCAGACAAUGACUUCACAAACUCCUCAAUUUUCUCAAGACAGGGCUCACACUAUGUCAUCCCACGUGCCGCACCCCCAGAUGCAGAGAGAUCCACCACCACCGACACGCCAGGUACCGAAUGGACAUCCAGCGGGUGCGCCGAACGGAUACUAUCAAGCGUACCCUGGGUCUGCGACUAUGACUUCUCACUCUUCCCAGAAUGCUCCGCGACCGUACCCUGGACGCUUCGCUUAUCCUCAGCCCCAACGGUUAGACUCAAGGCAGAGCCCAGGACCACAGUAUCCGGAUGCAAAGGGAUACAGCCGGCCGAUGCCGCCCCCUGCACUGAAUUCAGAUGCUUACAGAUCAAGGUCAAUGGCAAGAAUGGGAGGACCACCACUAUAUCACCCACCACCUAGUAGCUUUAAUCAUACAUCUGCAAGCGCUUUUCGCCAGCAGCCGUACAACGCUGCAGCCCCAAUGACCGCACAAGGACGAGUUGUGCCGGAGAGGCAUGGAAACGAGCGCGCUAUGUCAUUGACUUCUUAUUCGGCCGAUCGCCCGGACUACAACAAAACCACAAGCACAGGAAGAGUAAUCCCUGCUCGAAGACAGCCAUCGGGCUCUAGCCAGCCGCCUUUUUCUCGACCAGACAUGGACCCAGCCGCCGUCCAUAAUGUCGAUGGCAGGCCACGGCCACCGAGUGAUGGUUCGACGACCUCACGAUCCAUGUCGAUGGCGUCGACGGUGCCAGAUCGAACAAUGAGUAUGCAAAGUCAGGCACCUCCCAAGCCCGCCGGUCAGCCAACUCUUGUGGCGAGUAACUCCCGUAGAAGCAAGGUGCCAUUGGUCUAUCCAGCUUUGCUUUCGCGGGUUGCUGAUGCCUUCCGCGAGAAAAUUGUACUAGCUAAGCGAGAAAAGAACGGGGUUACUUAUCAUUACGCCUUUUCUGGCGCAGAUGCGGUAGACUUGAUUAGCUACAUCAUCAAAACGAACGAUCGGAAUCUAGCUCUUCUUCUAGGGCGUGCCUUGGAUGCGCAGAAAUUUUUCCACGAUGUGACGUACGACCAUCGUCUUCGAGAUUCCCCGGGUGAGGUCUAUGAAUUCAACGAUUUCAAAGAAACCAUGGGAGAGGAAGCGCCCAGUUCUGAAGUCAACGGAGUUUUCACCCUUCUCACCGAGUGUUACUCACCGACUUGUAAUCGCGACAGCUUAUGCUACUCAAUUGCGUGCCCCAGAAGGCUGGAGCAGCAAGCACGACUGAAUCUCAAACCACAGCCGGGCUUGCGGUCGUCUGCGUCUAAAGGAAGUUUACAUGGAGACGAUGAUGAUAAUGACAAUCAGAAGUUAUGGAUUAACAUGGUUCCAAAAGAGGUCUCCGAUAGCAUCGAUGAUCGCGAAAAGAAACGACAAGAAAUUAUCUUCGAGAUUAUGUACACGGAACGCGAUUUUGUCAAGGAUUUGGAAUAUUUGCGAGAUUUCUGGAUAAGGCCGUUGCGUUCUGCUGGCAACAAAAACAUUUCACCCAUUCCAGAACACCGACGAGAAAAGUUCAUCCGUACAGUAUUUGGAAAUUGCUUGGACGUCCUGGCAGUCAAUGGUGGUUUGGCUGAAGCUCUCAAUGCCAGACAGAAGGAAAGCCACGUAGUGAAAACAGUUGGUGAUAUAUUCCUGCAACAUGUUCCACGAUUCGACCCGUUUAUAAAAUAUGGUGCGAAUCAACUCUACGGAAAGUACGAGUUCGAGAAAGAGAAGGCGUCUAAUCCAGACUUCGCGAGGUUUGUGGAAGAAACCGAGCGUCUGAAGGAGUCACGAAAGCUGGAACUGAAUGGAUACUUGACCAAACCGACCACCCGUCUCGCAAGAUAUCCACUACUCCUUGAACAGGUUGUGAAAAACACGGCGGAUGAUAACCCCGACAAAGAAGACAUUCCCAAAGCUAUCAAGCUCAUCAAGGAUUUCUUGUCCCGCGUCAACACUGAGAGUGGAAGAGCCGAGAACCAUUUCAACCUCGUUCAGCUCAACGGUGCUCUAAAAUUCGGUCCUGGUGACUAUGUCAACCUGAAACUUACCGAGGAGAACCGCCAGAUGCUGACAAAAAUGGCAUUCCGAAAGACACCUACUGACACCUCCGAGGUCACCGCAUACCUUUUUGACCAUGCUGUAUUACUGGUGAGAAUCAAGACUGUGAACAAGCGCGAGGAGUAUCGAGUCUAUCGGAAGCCGAUUCCUCUGGAACUCCUGGUCAUUGCGCAGAUGGACGAGGUAAUACCCAGAGCGGGAAUCGCUAAAAGACCCUCAUCUAGUCUGCUCCCAAAUAAAGCAACCGCGAAUCCCCCAAAUACGAAAGAUGGACUUCCUAUCACCUUCCGACAUCUUGGAAAAGGCGGUUACGAACAAACUCUUUAUGCCACAAACCCCACGCAAAGACGGAAAUUCAUUGAACUAGUGGACGAACAGCAAAGAAAAUUGAGGGAGCGGAACAGCAACUUCUACAACAAGACCGUUCUCUGUGAGAAUUUCUUCACGUCAAUCAACCGGGUAAAUUGCCUUGUCCCUGUCGACGGUGGUAGAAAACUGGUGUACGGUACCGAUAGUGGCAUUUAUCUCUCGGAGCGUUGGCCAAAGGAUAAGUCGGCGAAACCAAGGCGAGUCUUGGAUGUCAGUCAGGUAACUCAAAUAGACACUCUAGAAGAGUAUCAACUACUCUUAGUGUUGGCGAACAAAACCCUUUCCUCUUAUCCGAUGGAAGCGCUUGAAAUAGGAGAGGGCCAGAACACAGUAGCGAAGAGGCCCAAGAAGAUUCAAGGCCAUGCGAAUUUCUUCAAAGCUGGUAUUGGACUUGGUCGUUAUCUGGUGUGCUCUGUCAAAACUUCUGCUCUAUCAACUACUAUCAAGGUAUACGAGCCCAUGGACAACUUGGGAAAGGGAAAGAAAAAGUAUAAGAUGUUCCAGAGUGGUCAAGACACCUUGAAACCCUUCAAGGAAUAUUAUAUCCCCGCCGAAUCCUCCUCGAUUCAUUUCCUCCGUUCGACGCUUUGCGUUGGCUGUGCUCGUGGUUUUGAGGUUGUUAGCCUUGAGACGACCGAGACACAGUCUCUCCUAGAUCAAGCCGACACUUCCCUAGACUUCGUGGCACGUAAGGAGAACGUUAAGCCCAUUCAUAUCGAACGAAUGAAUGGCGAAUUCCUUCUCAACUACAGUGAUUUCUCGUUCUUUGUCAAUCGCAAUGGCUGGCGUGCUCGUCCGGACUGGAGAAUUUCAUGGGAAGGCAAUCCCAAUGCCUUCGCACUCUCUGACCCUUAUAUCCUUGCUUUUGAACCGAACUUCAUAGAAAUCAGACACAUCGAGACGAGCGAGCUGAUCCACAUCAUGACGGCGAAGAACAUUCGCAUGCUGCAUGCCUCCACAAGAGAGAUUCUGUAUGCCUACGAAGACGAAGCAGGUGAAGACGUAGUAGCCAGUUUGGAUUUCGGGAAGCCGCAGCGUAGUUGA